GUAUUUGAGUUCAAAUCAAACAGCGAGAGAGAAGAGAGAGAAGGUCGUCUUCCCCCUCCGCCAGUUGUUUCUUUCUUCUGUGACUCUGCAUUUCACUGUCGAACCCUAAUUUUCCUAUUCGGAUCCUCGAUCCGUACUCGGUAUCUCUUUUAUUUUCGACAAUGGAGGUUCUGGUUGACUGAUCUCGCCCUCGAUCUGCUGAUCCAGGGGCUGCAUUUACCGUUGUUUGGUCUCGAGAUCCCUGUUCUGCGUUCGGAGUGCUGCAGCGCAGUGGAAUCUGGAUCUUGAGAGAAUUGUGAAUUACAAUUGAAUUCUGGAUCCUUUUUGGUGUUUGGUACAAUGACGGCAGAGACGGAGGUUUCGGAGGUUUUCAAGGGUGAAAUCGUGGAGGCGUGUGAUUUGGAUAUGAGUUCGUACGAGGAUCUACCCAAAGGCGGUGGGGAAUGUAAUGGGGUUUCGCAUGAGGGUGGAGAAGGCGUUGUUGGGAAUGGAAAGGGUGAUUCCGAAUGUUCUUAUGUGUUUGUUAGCGGGAGCGAUGUGGUCUCUGAUGACUACGCUGAAAAGGACCUCAAUGUGGAGUCUCUUCGGGAACUCGACCAACCCAAGGAUGAGAAAGAGGUCCAAGUUGGGGAAUUGAGUAUUCAGAAUGAGGAAAAUCAAUUGCACGAGGCAGAUUGUUGCGUUGUUGAGGGAACUGUUGUUUCCUCUUCAAACGACGGUGUGCAGGUUGAAUCAACCGGUGGACUGGUCCCGGAGGGUGAUUUGCUUCAGGAGCCCAAUGCGGAAGUGGAUGUGGAAUCUGAACCACAGCAGCUUAAUGGUGUAGUGAAGAAGGAGGAGCAAACUAGUUUGGAGUCUGGUACAGAGCAAACUAGUUUGGAGUCCGGUGCGGAGCAAACUAGUUUGGAGUCCGGUGCGGAGCAAACUAGUUUGGAGUCCGGUGCGGAGCAAACUAGUUUGGAGUCCGGUGCGGAGCAAACUAGUUUGGAAUCCGGUGCGGAGCAAACUAGUUUGGAGUCUGGUGCCGAGCAAACUAGUUUGGAGUCUGGUGCCGAGAAAACUAUUCUGGAGUCUGGUGCCGAGAAAACUAUUCUGGAGUCCGGUUCAGAGAAAACUAUUCUGGAGUCCGGUUCAGAGAAAACUGAUCCAGAGUCUACUAAGAUAGCACUGGAUCCGGUCGCUAUUGGAUGUGAAUUGAUGCAUUUAGAUAAUGGGAAUCCAACAGUUGAUGGACAUAUCAAUUUCAAGCCUUCUGAGGAGAUAGCUGGAAGUCAGGAAUUUCUAGUUCCAAUUUUGGAGACUACUGAAUUCAAAUUGCCUCUAACUGAGCUUAGAGAAGAGAGGGUUGAGGGGCAAAAUAAUUUAGAAUCAAUACCAGAAGUCACAGACAAUCAGGGAUUUGAAGUUGUGAUUUCAAACUCAGAUGAAUGUGACCUGCAUCAGCUCAAUAACGUACAGGAGAAAGUUCAGGAUGAAAGUGAGACUGUUCCAGAAACAGUCUCAAAUGAAAAUCAAGAAUCUGAAAUUAAGGUUUCUGAAGACCUUCCAUUUGAUAAGGAUCAGGAAAAGCAAACAUCAGAAUUGGAGAAUGACCUUCCUUAUGAACAUCCUCCAGUGGACCUUGGGGUGAACAUGGAGCUGAAUUUGAAAAUGCCUACUGCUGAAACCAAUAUGCAAAAGGAGGCAGAAGUUGCUGUUGGGUCUGUACCGGAUGAAAAUGGAGAUGGAUCGCCUAUGGAAUGUAGUCCUUCAGAAACAGAAGUUGCUAAUGAUUCGGUUGAUGGCAAUCAAACCACACCUGAGCUUUAUGUAUCUUCUGAAAAUGACAAAAGCUUGUCUUCCUACAGUGACUGUGUGAGAUCAGAAAGCACAGUCGGGUAUGUACCUGUUGAAAAUGCUGUAACCUUGCCUACUGGUCUUGAUAAUGGUCCAGUAGUAGAACAAGAAGAAAAUGGGGCUUCUCUAAUUACUGAAGAUUUCCCAACUUGUGCUGCAGAUGGUGCAAGACAGGACACUAAAGUUGAAAAUUUUGACCCAAUCAACGGUGCAAAUGUUGUCUCCUGUCCAGAUGAUGGUACAAAAUCAGAAAGUGAAGCUGAGAAUGGCCCUAAUGAAGAUGAUACAAGGUUAGCUUGCUCUGGUAAUGAUGUGAGACCUGAAACUAUCAUCAGUUUUGGUUCUAUUAAAUUCCCAUGUGGUGAUGGAAAUGUAGAACACCAUGCUUCAAAAGCGGCUCCUAAAUGUUCAAGCUGUGAGCCUGGCGAUGUUGAUGAUCUGGUGCUCAUGGCAUCUAAAUUGAAGGAUUCAGUUGAAAAUCGAAGUAAUUUGCCUACAAAUGCCGUUGCUGAGAUGAAAUCAGAAUCUGAAGUUGAAAAAAUGUCUGCUGGAAGCAACAAAGACGUUGUAUCUGAAUCCAAGGUUCUGAAUGACUCUGUUGUUAACAGUGAAAGUGUAAUAAACAGUGUUGCACAUGCUGUGGAUGUUAAAAUUGAAGGAGAUCAAAUCAGUACCAAAGACAUUGAUGUUGGAAAUGAGGGAGAUCAAAUUACUUCUGUAGACAGUGAUGAUAAAUUGACAUGUCAAGAAGCUAGGAGUGUUUUAGGUAAUGGGACCUCUUCUUCUCUAGAGUUUUUGAGUACUGAUGCUUUGGAUUCACAGAAUGUACCUGUUGAGGUUGGAAAAAGGCCAUUCUACUUCUUGAUUAGGGUACCAAGGUAUGAUGAUGAAAAAGUCAGGGAAGAGAUCAAACUUGCACAGCUACAAGUUGACGAGAAGACCAAAAGUAGGGAUGCAAUUCGUUCGGAAAUUCAAACGAAAAGGGCAGUUUGUAAAGAGUAUAGUGAAAAAUUUGAAGCUGCACUAUCAGAAGAGAGAUCUGCCCGAGAUUUGCUCAAGUCAAAAUUUCAGGAAAUGGAUUCAGUUCAGUCUGUGAUUAACAGAGUGAAAAAUGCAAUGUCUGUCAAGGAUAUUGAUGGCAGGAUACGCCAUAUGGAACAUGCCAUAGAACAUGAAACCCUUCCUUUGAAAGAAGAGAAGCAGUUAAUUCGUGACAUCAAGCAGUUGAGGAAUGUUCGUGAACAGCUGUCCUCUAAUUUGGGUAGGCAGGAGGAAGUCCAACAGGCCUUAGACCAAAAAUCCCAAGUCGAGGAGCAGUCAAAGAUUUUGAGGGAGGAAGUGGAUUCACUCAAAUACAAGGUUCAGAAAGCUGAAGUGAUCACAAAAGCUGCUAAGAAGAAGUAUUAUGAUGAAAAUGAAAAGUUGAAUGAGUUGCAAGCUCGAUUUAAAGCCGCAGAUGAUAUUCGUCAAGAAGCUUACACACAUUUGCAGAGUUUGAGGAAAAAAUUGUCCGAGAAGAACAAAUACUUUAGGAUGUACAAGGAUAAUUUGAAAGCAGCCAAUGAUUAUGCAUCAGCUGGGGAUAAAGAGGCACUUCAACGGCUUUGUGUUAAUGAGGUGGAGACAAUUAUGGAACUAUGGAACAACAAUGACGAGUUCCGGAAAGAAUACAUCAGAUGCAACACAAGGAGUACACUCAGGAGACUGAGGACUUUGGAUGGACGCUCUCUUGGCCCUGACGAGGAGCCGCCAGUGAUACCCAAUUUUUUAAAUGAAAGAAUUGGCAGGCCACUUUUUGCCCCGACCAAGGAUAGCUCUGUGCUAAUAGUCUCGACUGUGGAACAAGAAAAACAAAUGGUACCUGCUGCAGCUGAGAGUGCAGAUGAUAAAUCCGUGGUGAAUGUGACCAAUCAAAAGAAUCGGACAGCUAAAAAUAAAAACCCCACAAAAUCUGCUACUGGAGCUGUCUCAGCAACCAUUUCUGGGAGGGAUGAGAUCGAAGAGACUAAAGAAGAGCAUAAGCAGACAAAGGAGGAAGAGGAAUUGGCCAGGAAGGCAGAGGAAUUGAGAAAGGAAGAGGAAGCAGCUAAGUUGAAGGAGCAACGACGGUUGGAGGAGAAAGCCAAAGCUAAGGAGGCACUGGAAAGGAAAAAACGAAAUGCAGAAAAGGCCCAAGCCAGAGCUGAGUUAAGAGCGCAGAAGGAAGCCGAACAGAAACAGAGAGAAAGGGAGAAGAAGGCCCGGAAAAAAGAAAGAAGGAAAUCAUCCUCUGCAGAGGGUACAGAGGGUUGCAAUGAAGCAGAAUCUGCGCCAAGCUCAGAAACCCCAUUUGAAACUACCCUGGAUUCUGAAAUCAUUGAGAAGCCUAGGGCAAUAACAAAGAAGCCUCACAAAUCAUCGCAAUUUACAAAGCAACCCAAGUCAAAAUCCAUACCUCCGCCCCUUCGCAGCAGGGGCAAGAGACGGAUUCAGUCAUGGAUGUGGGUCGUUCUAAUAGCCCUGCUUGUUCUUGCAUUGUUCUUGUUGGGCAACAGUGGCUUCUCAUACGGCCUUGGGCUGCGAAACUUUGGCUUCUAAAUUUGUCUUCCCAUUCAUUGGGCAAUCCGCAGAGGUUUGAUUUGUUCUUUCCAUAGAUAAAUAGGCAAUUCUUUUGUGCUCUACUUAGGGUUUGUUCUCUAGUUUGCAUUUAGUUACUACUAUAAAAGGCUUUCUCUCAUACACAUGAUUGAUAGAUUUUGGCUUUCAGUUAUAUGGCGAUAUGAACACGAACAGAACAUAAUUGGUAUUGCUUUCAUCUAGCAUUAUAAUAAUGACAUUGAUUCUUAUCAUUA